UGUGCGGGAUGGGUGGACGGGCAGGCGUCGGCAAAAUGGGCUCAAAGGGAAGGUUCCCUGUUUGUUGCUCCUUAAGAAGGACACGCUCUGAAAACAGUGUGCAAGUUGUCAUCACUUGGGGCGGGUUUGUGAGCUUACCGUGGUGCCACCGUGAGGCCGCUCGCCCCUUGCCGCUGCCAAACCCGGCGAGGGGUUAACCAUAGCAUGGGUCCAGGAAAAGCACGAUAGUCCAGUGUAGCUACUGCCAGAGGUAAAAUUAAAACUCAUCUUGUAUGAAGUGAAAUCCAGGAUAUAACAGGGUUUAAACAGUGCCUGGGUCUGUCAGAUACCGUGCCCGGGCACGGGCUAAGUCUCUUCCAGCAAGCAUACUGUAUUCAGAUAAUUUGCAUUUCUCAUUAGAAAUUGAAAGACAACCUGUGCCAAAUGGUAUUUCUUUAAAAACUUAAGAGUUGUACCCUAGUACACAUACUUUUAAGAAAACAAAAUUACACAUGCUUUUAGAUUUCAUCUUAAGAGUUGUACCCUAGUACACAUACUUUUAAGAAAACAAAAUUAAAGAAAGGCUAUAUCUUUUCCAAGUUGAUAGAAAACCAAACGUUUCCUGAAGGUCUGUGCAGGUUCUAAAUCAUUUUGGGGUCGUCCAGGAUGCCCAGAAUAUUCUUCUAUGUGGGUGUUACAAAUCACAUUGAGCCAAAAAAGUCCAGUGUUUUCUUCAGCUACAAGCAAAAUGAAUAUCCCAGUGCUGCUACAUCCUCACCAGUGCUUCCUGAAAGGCCUUUUGCGAACACCUUUCCGACGUUACCACUUCAUCUUGCACUCAAGAACUCAUCUCGGAUUAGGAGGCCCAUGUGCUCGGCCUUCUGAUUCUCUUGGACUUCCUUGUACAAAGUGGAUGCUGCUGUCAAAUGGUUUAAAGAGACAGUUAUGUGUACAGACAACCUUAAAGGAACACACAGAAGGACUUUCUGAUAAAGAACAAAGACUUGUGGAUAAACUUUAUACAGGUCUAAUCCAAGGGCAAAGGGCCUGCUUAGCAGAGGCCAUAACUCUUAUAGAAUCAACUCACCACAGGAAAAAAGAGCUGGCCCAGGUGCUUCUUCAGAAAGUAUUGGCCUACCACAAAGAACAAGAACAAUUAAAUAAAGGAAAACCACGGGCAUUUCGAGUGGGAUUGUCUGGGCCCCCUGGUGCCGGAAAAUCAACCUUUAUAGAGUAUUUUGGGAAGAUGCUUACUGAGAGAGGGCACAGAUUGUCUGUGCUGGCUGUGGAUCCUUCUUCCUGUACCAGUGGUGGAUCACUCUUGGGGGAUAAAACCCGAAUGACUGAAUUAUCAAGAGAUAUGAAUGCAUACAUCAGACCGUCUCCUACUAGAGGAACUUUGGGAGGUGUGACAAGGACUACUAAUGAAGCUAUUCUGUUGUGUGAAGGAGGGGGUUAUGACAUCAUUCUUAUUGAAACUGUAGGUGUGGGUCAAUCGGAAUUUGCCGUUGCUGAUAUGGUUGACAUGUUUGUUUUACUGCUGCCACCAGCAGGAGGGGAUGAAUUGCAGGGUAUCAAAAGAGGUAUAAUUGAGAUGGCAGAUCUGGUAGCUAUCACCAAGUCUGACGGAGACUUGGUUGUGCCAGCUCGGAGGAUACAAGCAGAGUAUGUGAGUGCGCUGAAAUUACUCCGCAAGCGUUCCGAAGUCUGGAGACCAAAGGUAGUUCGUAUUUCUUCCAGAACUGGAGAGGGGAUCGCUGAGAUGUGGGAUAAAAUGAGAGAAUUCCAGGACCUGAUGCUUGCCAGCGGUGAGCUGACAUCCAGACGACAGAAGCAGCAGAAAAUCUGGAUGUGGAACCUCAUUCAGGAGAGUGUGCUAGAACAUUUCAGGACCCACCCCACCGUGCGGGGCCAGAUUCCCCUCCUGGAAAGGAAGGUGCUCAGCGGGGCCCUCUCCCCAGGGCUAGCGGCAGACUUGUUGCUGAAAGCUUUUAAAGCAGAGACUAAUGAGCUGUAGGCUACACGGUAAUUGUACAUACCGUUCCAUAAAGUAUUUUAAUAUUAAAAGUGAUUCUUCUGUGGUGCCCUCGGCCUCCCUGUUUGUGAGCCGUGCUUGAAAACUGAAGAAUGUUAGAUG